GCUGUGCGAGCGGGCGCAGAGACGCGGAGCCGGCCCACUCGCCCACCACCCGCCCAGCCUCCCGCACACCAUGCACGUGAACGGCAAAGUGGCGCUGGUGACCGGCGCCGCGCAGGGCAUCGGCAGAGCCUUUGCAGAGGCUCUGCUGUUCAAGGGGGCCAAGGUAGCGCUGGUGGAUUGGAAUCUAGAGGCAGGUGUCAAGUGCAAGGCCGCCCUGGACGAGCAGUUCGAACCUCAGAAGACCCUGUUCAUCCAGUGUGACGUGGCUGACCAGGAACAACUGAGAGAUACUUUUAGAAAAGUUGUAGACCACUUUGGAAGACUGGAUAUUUUGGUCAAUAAUGCUGGAGUGAAUAAUGAGAAAAACUGGGAAAAAACUCUGCAAAUUAAUUUGGUUUCUGUUAUUGGUGGAACCUAUCUCGGUUUGGAUUACAUGAGUAAGCAGAACGGAGGUCAAGGUGGUAUCAUUAUCAACAUGUCUUCUAUAGCAGGACUGGUGCCUGUUGCACAACAGCCUGUUUACUGUGCUUCAAAGCAUGGCAUAAUUGGAUUCACCCGCUCAGCUGCGAUGGCUGCGAACCUUAUGAACAGUGGCGUAAGGUUGAAUGCCAUUUGUCCAGGCUUUGUCAACACCCCCAUCCUCAAAUCUAUUGAGAAAGAAGAAAACAUGGGACAAUAUAUAGAAUAUACAGAUCAUAUCAAGGAUAUGAUGAAAUACUUUGGAAUUUUGGACCCAUCAAUGAUUGCCAAUGGAUUAAUAACCCUUAUUGAAGAUGAUGCUUUAAACGGUGCUAUUAUGAAGAUCACACCUUCCAAAGGAAUUCAUUUUCAGGACUAUGACUCACCUCCAUCUCUUGCAGUCAUAACCGAAAAUAAGCACAAAUGACUUAAAUUCUGGCCAUAUCUUCAUCUUAAUGUCGCUUUUUCAGUGAAAUAUUACACUCUGAAUCUUUCCUUCAUGUAUUUGAUGUUAAUUUUUUCUAAUAAUUAGUGAAGCCUCUGAAUUAAAAUUUAUGAUACAUUAUCAUCAAAAAUAGAAUGCAAAACAAACGUAGAUUGUGAAUAAUGUUUAAAACAAAGGCUAUUCAAUAGUCAAGGAAUACUCUUCCUUUCUGGAAAAUGUUUUCCAGAAAUUCAUUCUAAAGGAGAUACUUGAAUUGUUAUUUAAAUCAAAACAUGUUUAUUGAAACUUAUUUUGUUUCUAUGUUUGAACAUCACAGCAGAAAGCAUGUACAUGAGAAAUGUUAGUACCAGUAGUUGUGAGUUGUGUAUCAUCUUUAAGUUUGAAUAGUUCUGUGCUUAAAGAGGGCCAGUAGUUAAGUAAUCAAUUACAGUGUUACUACAUCCAGAGUGAAAAAUGGGUUUAUGGAAAAAUGACUGAAAGUAAUUAAGUCUUAUUUCACAGCUUAAUCUCAAACCAAUGUAAAAUAUUUCUGUCCACUUUGCUUCUAACUUGAAUAACUUUGAAGUCCAAAAAAAUCUCAGGAAUGCACCUUUUAACAGAUAUUGCAAAAAAAUUCAUGUUCCUAAAAAAAUUAUAUGUAAUAUAUCCUCAUUUUAAAUAAUACAGAUUGUAUAUUUUCCUCAGAUUACUUCCUUGUUGAUUUGUACUAAUUUUGAAAGUGCCUACCUUUCAAUAAAAUCCCAUUUUUCUAA